GGGUCUGGAAAAGGCAGAUAUUUUAAUAACUGUUCACGAACCGCCCAGCCAGAAAACACAUGCGAUUUCCCCUCAGCCCGACUAACUUGGCAUUCUGAAUACAGGCUCAGAGGGGAGGGGCCGGGCCUCUCCAUGCAGGAACUGGAGUCAGAGGCUUCCCUUGCUGCCUGCAGGGAGAGACUAUUAAGAAUGCCUCUCAGUGCCUGGUUUCCUGAGGCAUCUGAGGGUAGCCAGGCAGCCUCAAGCCAUCUGAGCACAUCUCACCGGCAUCUGCAGGAAUCAGGAUGCAGGCCAAAUACAGCAGCACAAGGGACAUGCUCGAUGACGAUGACACCACCAUAAGCCUGUAUUCUGGAACCUCCACUGUCACCAGACGUGCAGAGCCCAGGCACUCAGAGAAUGGGACACCCUCUUCAGUUUGGCGCCCAGUGGCCCUGACCCUGCUGACCUUGUGUUUGGUGCUGCUCGUCGGCCUGGCUGCCCUGGGCCUUGUGUUUUUUCAGUUCUACCAGCUCUCCAACACCCAGCAAGACAGCAUCAUUGAAAAAGAUGAAAAGCUGGGGAACAUGUCACGACAACUACAGUCUCUCCAAACCCAGAACAGAAAACUCACUGAAACUCUGCAGCAGGUAGCUGUAAAACUGUGUCGUGAACUUUACAACAAAAGUGGAGGGCAUAGAUGCAGUCCUUGCCCAGAAAAAUGGAAAUGGCAUGGGGACAAAUGUUAUCAGUUCUAUAAAGAAAGUAAAAGCUGGCAGAGCUGUGAAUAUUUCUGCCUGGCUGACAAUGCCACCAUGCUCAAGAUAAGCACGCAGGAAGAGCUGGGCUCUCCCGCAAUGGCAGUGGCAAAGCCUGGCUGUGGACAGAUGGGACAUCUUACUCCUUUGAGCUGUUUGAAAUUAUAAUAGAUCCCACCAACCUAAGAAACAGGGACUGUAUGACCAUCUUCAAUGGAAAGGCUUACUCUAAGGACUGCAAAGAGCUGAGGAGGUGUGCCUGUGAGAGGGUGGCAGGAAGAGUGGUACCUGAGGAGCUCCAGUAGGUGACAUGAAGCAUUGGAUGGAGAGGCCGACAGAUCAGCUUCAAACACUUGCAAAAGGACUGUCCAGUGAGGCCAACAUGAAAGAUAGCCAAAGCUUUGGGAAACAGAGGGGCAGCUGCUGAGGCUGGUAUGUGAGAGGUUCUCCUGGUUCCAGCUCAGCAUCAUCCAGGCCUGGGCUUUAGUUCUUGCACACAUUUUCCAGACACAAAGAGUCUUGUUCAUGAACCAUCAACUAGCCUCAGGAAGCCAUAGAGUUGUCCUCCUUGAUUUACAGAAGACUUUCAGCAUUCUCCCUUCUCAGGGUCUCUUAUCAGCCUCUGUCUCAUGUCUCCCUUACUCUUGGAAAAGUGAGAAACAUAAGAAAAUAGAAGGGUUGAUACAAAGCCACAAACUGGAUGUGCUGGUGUCCACACAAAUAUUGGUGCCUUUAGAGUCACAGCACUAAAGGAGGAAGACAUGAGAAGUUCAAGGCCAGCCUCAGCUACAUAGUUGGAGGCCAUCCUAGGCUACAUGAGCAUGUCUUUUCAAGUGACAGAAAGAAGGAACAAAAGAACAAGAGAGAGAAAAAGAAAGCAAGAAUGAAAGAAGAAAUGUGAAAAGCAAAGUGAUAAGAGAGAACAGAAGAAAAAGACAUGGCAUCCUUUAUCCUAACAGACAGUCUAGGAGAAACUAGCAGAAGUCUCCACCCCUCUGCUGCUCUACACAGAGCCAAGUCUUUUUGUGUCCAGUUCACACCUGGCCUUUCCUAGGCUCUCAAAAGUGACUUCAUGUGCUGUGUCUGUGGCCAGCUUUCCAGCUGAUAUAGUUCUCAUUAUGUCAACCACCACUCCAUCAAUUGUGUCUUUCCCCUAAUUAUGUCUCCUAGGAAAGACAUCAUCUCGAUUCUGAUCUAAGUUGGAAUUAAUGUUCCUGUACUCCCAAAGAGACUGAAGCCUAGAAAAAAAAUCAAUGACAAAAAAAACCCCAAAUGAACAAAAAACAAAUAACAACAAAACUAAAAACAGUCUCUAUAUGCACAGAUAAUAGUUAGAUUUCUUCUUCUGUCAUGUUUGAACAAUGUUUAUGCCUUGCAGGUACUGAAUGUUUAAUAAUAAUAAUAAGUGUAAAUAAUGUGAAAUGGCUGAGGUUCUAGAGUGGAUUUGUGAUUUGGAGGAGAUCAGCAAGGGAAUCCUUUUCACAAUACAGAAACAAUCACUCCUUGACUACUUGUGCAUUAACAACUGGUGGAGCUACUAUAAAGAUAUUGUUUAUGAGAUUACUUGAGUAUAAGAAAGUCUUCAAAGCAUAUUGUCUUCAAGAGGAUGGCUUUAUAAUAUCCCUAAAGUGAAAUGUCUGAGGCAAAAUCAAAACAUCGAGGUUGGUACGUUGACUAACCAAGGUGUGGGAGAGGCAUGAUCUCCAAACAGGAGUGGGAGGAGAAAGAGAAGCUGUGACAUCUGUACAGCCAGACUCUUGACUAGACAUGAGUUUCUCUGGGUGGUGACAUUCAAAGCCACAACAGGGUCUUUGUGAAUAGCGCCAUGCCAUGCCAACUGGUUUCAUUGGUAGUGGCAGCAAUAGGUUUCACACUCUAAAUUUUCAAUAGUCAAAAUUGGGAAACAUAUAUUUCAUGGUGAAAUUGCAAUUAAAGUAGCACUUUGUUAUGAAAAAUAAUUCUGUAUUUAUUUUCAUAAGACUUAAUCUUAUGACUGUCAUUUAUCUAAACAUUACUGUGAGGCUAGUUGAGUUUUCUUUUUGAUUUCCUUCAUGUUAGCUAGGGUAAUUCUUCAAUAUUUAAUUCUAUGCAGGUUUACUGGGUCAAGCAAACAGAAGUGUGUAUUUGUGGUUUUAGAACUUGAGAGAUUUAGGUCUUUCUUGUUUUGGUUUGUUUAUUGAGCCAAUCACCCUACUCCAUGUAGCUUAUUAAAAAGUGGGAAUAUUUAUAAUUUACCUCUGAUGUUACUUACAAUGAAGUGUGAAGUCAGUCUCAUGAUGUAGGUCAGAAUAUAAAAAUGUGUUGGAAAUUAAGAAAAUCUUCUAAAGGGUUUAAUGAUUCUUUAAAUAUAGUGGAACACAGAUGCAGCAUAUGUAUUCAUUAAAGGGAGAAAGGAAUUCUCAAAUGUUUUCUAUAAUUAACAAAAUGAUAAUGGUUGCUAUUGUUUGGUUACAUUGUCUAAUACAAUAUUUCAAAAUAAGAAAUAAAGAUCAAGUUCAUCAUUAAGC